CCCUUCAUCGCGGCAAGCGCUUCUAAGUGACGUUGUAGAGGCGGGCGCUGGUGACGUGACGUUGCCCUCCGAGUGUCGGAAGGAAGAGACAGACAGAGAGAAAAGGGAGGGGGGAAAGGCCAGGUAGAGUUCCAGAAGCAGGAUUGGCAACAUUUCAGAAGGACCUCAGGAUUAUGGCUGGAGCUCCUGGCCAUCAGAGUACUUUUAAAGGUGAAGAGAUUUAUGGGCCUCCCCUCUUCCUCUGAUGCCAUCUGACUGCCUCUCCUUUCCAGACCGGAGGGUCCGCCUUUGCCUUUUGCUUUUCUACCCAAAGCCAAGAGAUGGAGUCCCCUGAAGUGACUCUCAUCGAAGGUGUGGGUGAUGAAGUGACUGUGGUAGCUGGCGUGAUAGUCCUCAUCACAGCACUGGUUCUCUCUUGGCUUUCCACAUACGUUGCAGAUGGUGGCAGUCCUUUUCUGGGAACCGUUGUGGCUGCCAGAGACUCGCCAGUGAUCCACCUGAGCCCUAUAGACCACUAUGUAGGGAAUUCUAUGGUCUCAGAACACUCUGAGCCCCAGGGCACCACGGAAGGUGCUGAAGAGAAGGCUGAAGAGGGCCCUGCCCCUGACUCAGGCCCUGCCGUUGAGCAAGGGGACAGCAACAGUGGCUCUGAUGCUACCCUCGACCGCCUGUUGGACAUUCAAGGCCUUCCCCAAAGGACCUUUUCUAGCGUGGCUGUCUCCCCAGAGCAUCAGAGACUUCCCCAAACAGCACCUCUCCCAGUUGAAAAUGAAUCUAAUUCAGGGCUUAUCAAGGUGCGCCUCAAAUUCCUCAACGAUACAGAGGAGGUGGCUAUGGUGAGGCCGGAGGACACUGUUGGUUCUUUACGAAGCAAAUACUUUCCAGGACAGGAAAACCAGAUGAAGUUUAUCUACCAGGGCCAGCUUCUUCAGGACCAGGCUCGGACGCUCCGCUCCCUCAACAUCCUGGACAACUGCGUCAUCCACUGCCACCUCUCGCAGGCUGCUGUCUCCGCCAUUCCGGACACAGCGGUGGCCCCUUCAGAGGCUGGAGGUGUCGCUUUAAAUAUGGGCAACCUAAUGAUUCCUGUCUUUGUGGUGAUGUUGGCCGUCAUCUGGUAUUUCCGCCUCAACUACCGCCAGCUCUUCACAGCCCCAGCCACCAUCUCCUUAGUAGGGGUAACUGUAUUUUUCAGUUUCCUCGUUUUUGGAAUGUACGGACGGUGAGGAGCGGCACGGUGGGGAAAGGCCUGGGCUGGCACAGACCCUCUCUUUUCAUACUUUUCUCUUGUUUACCCCGCAAGUAAUCAAGCUCUUGGGGAGAGCUCUUAACGCAGAAGUCAACAUUAUUGGAAGGAAGUGGGAGGAAAUAUCCCCACAUGGACUUUUAAAUUUAAAAACCAUGCAAGUUCACUAAAUAUUUUCCAAAGCCACCCAAAUUGGGUAUUUUUGUUUGUGGAAGGCAGGCAAAAGUUGAACAGCCGCUAGGGCAGUCCCUAGUUACUUGCUUUUGGAGUUCUCGCCACCUGCCACAGGUAUUAAACAAUCCCCACAUACUUGAAGCAUUUCCUCUAGGUCUUCAGACUUCUCUGCUGCUGGGGGGAAACGUGGCUUUAUUUCACCGUGUUUUUUUCUCCGCAACCAUGAGGACCAGGAACUUGCCAAGUAUUCCGAAGAGUAUGUAAGAUAGUCUGAGUCAACUGCCACUUACCACUCAUGUAUUUAAAGACCAUCCUUGAGGCUCACACCAGAGGAAAGGACUUCUCGCCUCUUGUUUUGCUGCUGCUUUGGAAAACAUGGAAGAAAUGACCUUGGCUCAUGCUUUUCCGCCGCAACCUACUGUAAACCCCGUUAUGUGAUAGUCACAUAAUGAGACGUCCCUCGUCCUGGCAACAGCCCUGAAAUGCUAAUACCUUUAGCCCUUCCCUGGGGUUGAGCAAACGGUGCCUCCCAAUGUCCUCCCCCCCUGCCCCCGCCUUGGGCUGUUUCGGAACAUGCCUGGCUCACCUUAACUGCAUGGGCUCCAAGCUGAGAACAUCUCUCUCGCUCUUUGUGUGCUGCAGCCCUGUGAAUAGCUGAACGACUUGUGUGCCAUUGCUUCCUGAGGGAGCUCCCAAGAACCCUGCUGACAGUCUGGGCCAUUUGCGUAGUCAUCCGCUCGCUGUAUAGGAGAAUGGUACCAGCUGCGGUUGGGGUCUCCCGUCCGUUCUUUGUAAUCAGGUUGUGUAGCCUGCAGGAGUGGAGGCUGUACUGGACACUUGCUGAUUUCAUCCCCUUUCAGGAGCAACUUUUGGGUGGGAGGCUUGCUAAGUCGCUGAUCCUCUGUAAGAACUGCACCAGCUGGAAUUUGGUUGUAGGCAUUAAAAUAUCACCUUAGACGUCACUGCAGCAUUCGGCAACUCAAAGGCAGAGCUGGGGUUGAGCUUUUUCCAACUUGGUACUUAUAGAAUGAUUGCUUCUUUUUUUAGCACUCACGAGAUGGAACUCCAGAAUAAUCUUAACCCAUUAGCCAGCCCUCUUCUCCUACCCCUUCCCCAAUAUCUCCCCGUGUGGAGGGACUUUUGAACCCCUUGUCUUUUAAUGGCGAGAAGGGGAAGGAAAAGACAUUUAAAUUUCCAGCCCCCAACAUUGAAGAAAGCCCACACUGGAUAGCCGGCAACCACAGCUGGAUGAAAACCAAUGUAUGGUGAUUGGCUGCAGCUUUAAAUUUGAGGCCUUUGUAAGUUUGCAGAACGGAGGCAGUAUGUAAACCUGUAAUUUAAUAUACCAUGUCUGAAAAUUAUUCUUACAGUGACAAUCUAUGCAGAUUAAAUCCCCCCCAGCAGUUAGUUGAAAUUGUCGGUGAGGUGAAGUGGGAAUAAAUGUUGACUCUUAAAAACAGGUUGGCUCUAGUUCUGCAGCAAGUAAAAAUCCCCUCCAAGUCACCAGGCAGGCAUGCUUUUGUGUGCAAAAGAACUGUUUCUUUCCUCCAUCAGCGGACUACAGAUGACUAACAGGCGGUCUGAUUUUUUGUUCCAGCAAGCAUGGUGCAGUCAUUAAGAGUAGCAGACACUAAUCUGGAGAACCAGGUUUGAUUCCCCACUCCUUCACAUGAAGCCUGCUGGGUGACUUUGAGCCAGUCGUAGUUCUCUUAGAACUCUCUCAGCACCACCUACCUCACAAGGUGUCUGUUGUGGGGAGGGGAGAAGUGAUUGUAAGCUGCUUCGAAAUGCCUUACAGUAGAAAAAAAGCAGUAUAAAACACAACUCUUCUUCCAUUGGAUGAGAGGACUAGUAAUAGUUGCACGUUUGCUAAGGUGGGAUGGUGGAUUGGGGUUUCCAUGUUUAGCACAGUUCUGUUCUUUAUGCAUGACAACUGGAAGCAGAGCAAAAAGACAGUCACAAAUGUAUCCUGAGCCCCACACCGUUCCCAUUCACAGAGGCUGCAGCUAUGGCCUUUCCAUCCUACCUUCUGGUCUAGAAGUGUAGUCUUCAGCCCAUGGUUCCUCAGGUGGGCCCUGGCACCCCUUUGAAGUCCCUCCUGGGUGGAGAAGACACCUGUCCCCCUUUGCACGUAAGCUGAGAGGAACAGGACAGUGAGUUGUCACGGAGUAAUUGAGACGAUUCCAACUUGGCUUUGCCCUGCACUGUAGGGCUCACAACUUGGUACUCCGACUUUUUGUAAAAUGUCCCUGGUUUUGUUGGUCUUCUGUCCCUACUUCUGGCCUUAACAAGGGGGAGAACUGCCGCCUUCCUGUCUCAUGACCGUGACCUUGUAUGCUUAUACUUUAGUGGGUCUUGUUUUGGCCAUCUAGGGAUUGAAAGAUGAGGUCCAGACAGAGAAAGACCACUGAUCUGAAAGAUCACAAUUAAAAGUGGCUGGAAUGAUAUGCCCCAAGGAGUGGCAGAAGCAUUAAGAAUCCUGUGCCAAGAACACAAAGUUCUGUGAACUGAUCUGUUACCUAGACUAGAAUUAUGACUGCUUAACUUGUGUGAGCGAGCUCCCUUUUGUGGAGGUGUGUUAAGGAGCUAUUCAGAGCACUGAUGACCUUUGUGCUCACUUACUGGGCACUCUGAACUAUCCAUCGCACGCGGCUGCGAGUUUUCAAGCAGCGCCGCCUGUAUGCUUUUGAAUUGAUAUCAGCCGCUAUGACAGGUGUAUUUUAAUUUUAAAAGAAAGCAUAUUCUCAGGCUACACAGUUUGUCCUGCUAGAGCAAAAACACAAGACCCUGAGCCUUGCACUUCACAGCAUUCUGGACUGGAGCUCUGAUUGAAACUGCAGAAGGCCAGCAGAUAGGGAAGAGGAGUGACUCUUCCGCAAUAGACAUUGCUCAGCCUUAUUUGUGAUUGGAAAACUUAAAACUUUGGGGUGUUCUUGACAUGGAGGCCCCAAGAUUUCUUCUGAACCCUAGAUUCUCUCCUCUACCGCUUCCUGCAAAGAGUGAAACAGCAAUCCACACCCAAUGUACGUACAAAAUGCUUGAGAUUGUCACUGUCCUCUCUUUACCACCCUUUCUAAUAAUGCUACACAGAAGAGCAAAGAGUUACCCCUUUGAUUAAAAAACAAAUGAACUCUGAAGCUUAGAUACCAAGCAGAGUUGCUGUUUAUUUACAGGAGCAUUCCACAAUCCAUGGAUGGGAAGAAAAUUACAGAUUGACAGGGUUUUUUUUUUAAAGCUACCUACCUACCUGUACAGGCUGAGAUUACAUAUGCAAAACGGGAAAAAAAUAAUAAUAAAAAAGUCGAGACCACA